UUAUACCCACGACUCACACGCAUCGCUAGGCUUCUUCCUCUAACACUUCCGCGCACUUUCCUCUCCCGAUUCUCUGCUCAGUUCAGCUCGCGCCUCUUCUUCCCUCUCGACUUGCGAAGGCCAUUUGUCGAAUCCCCAUCGUUUGCUGGCGAUAAAGCAAGAGUGAUCGAAGUGUGCAACCAUUCCACAACCAGCACGAGUUCUUCCAUUACGAUCAGAUUCAUUUCCCGUUUGGACUUCCGCAGUAUUGUUUUUGAUCAUGGGUGGUUGGCAAAGAUGUAUUCGGUCCAUGCUUGGGCAUGUGCAGAAGAGAGUGGAAUUGAGUUAUAAUGCAGCUGUCAACUCUAAAUGUUAUCGCUCGCAAUCCACUCUUUCAUAUGGGCAGUUGCCUUAUUUACAGAGACUUUUGAAGCCAUCCUCAACGGGCCUUACACAGCCUUACUAUCGGUGUCUCCAACAGAUGGGAAUUUCCAGUUCAAGGAUGUUAUUAGCAGAUAAAUCCGAGGAACCAAUUUCAUCUCCUCUGACUUCUGCUUUGGCUAUAAGCAGUGGAAAAGAUGGAGAUACAGACCAGAAAGUAGUCUCUAAACCUUCCAAAGUCCAAGCUAUAUUGAAGGGAAUCAAACAGAGUCCCAAAAAAGUCAACUUGGUUGCUGCUUUAGUUCGAGGCAUGCGUGUUGAAGAUGCACUGAUGCAGUUACAAUUGACUGUAAAACGAGCUUCAAAAACUGUUUAUCAGGUCAUUCACUCAGCCAAAGCAAAUGCAACCCACAAUCAUGGACUGGAUUCAGAUCGGCUCCUUGUUGCUGAGGCAUUUGUAGGCAAGGGAUUAUUCAAGAAAAGAAUAUCAUAUCAUGCCAAAGGAAAAUGUGGGAUCAAAGUUAGACCAGAAUGUCGGCUAACAGUUGUUCUUAGGGAAACAACCCCUGAAGAAGAGGCAGAGAUUGCGAAGCUGCGAGUUAGAAAAUUCCGCAAGCUUUCCAAGCGUGAAAGUCGACUCGUACCCCAUAAGCUUAUCGAAACCACACCUAUCUGGAACCGAAAGGGCAAAGCUAGAGCAAACGAAGAAGGUCAAAUGGCUUCAUAAUCUCGUCUCUUUCUUCUUGUCAUUUCUUACUUUCAUGUCCUUUUGUUCUAGACAAUGUAGGCAGGAUAAGUGAUUUUAAUGUGGUAGGAACCCAAGGGAUAGCUUUUGCACAAGGAAGCCUUUGCUGCAAUCACGUUCUGUUGUUUUUCUGGCAUUCUUGUAUAAAAAUCAUGUGUCCUCAUUUUGUGGAGGAUUUUCUUUUAUUUCGCUUAUACAAUCUUCACAACUUUUUUGGAUUUGAA